GGACCCAUCAAACAGUAGACGUAGUCCAUGGCCAUCAUAAGUCUAUUACGUUUUAGAGCUAGAAUGUUGAUUUCAUUUAUGUUGCGUUGGAUGAUCAAAUUAAGGUGUGUGUACGAAGUACAAGAUGGUGAGGAAACCGAGUUGGAGGAAGAUCUUGAGGAGGAAAGCGAGCUUGAGGAGCAAGAUUUUGAGGCUACGGAUGUGGACUCAGAGUCAGGACCAGAGUCGGAGCCAGAAUACGCAUCCCUAUGACCCAGAAACUGGAGAUGAGUCUAUUGGGGUCGAAUUUGCUGGCUCAGCUGUCAGUUCUCCCUGUCCGUACGGCCAAAAUCUCACCCUGGCCAACGCCAACAACUAUUCAUCACUCUUGACAGCCGCCAACCAAGAACUCCAAUGGCAAGAUCUGUACUACCGAGGUUACUACGAGAUUAGUGUUUCAAAGGAAGCUGUCUACGCUUCCUUCUUCGGUAUGCCCACGAUUGCGACCAGAAAUGGCUACGAGAUUUCCCUUGCAAACUUCACAGUUCUAAGCGGUGCGAAUAAAUUCAUGCGUUCGGGCAACGCUGUGGCUGGGGGCGUGACAGAGAGUGGAAGUCUGAAGUACGGAAUCACAUCAGGAACGAACAUCACUAAUGACACCGCAACGGGUCUGUACUUCAUCAGUAGCUACAACCUUGACACUGCCUGAGCGCUUGCCGAAUGUCCCACGGGUAGACGGACAUAAAAGACGGCACCAAUGUACUUAGUGGCAUUUCCAUUACCAAAAUACAGGAUCUCCUGAUUUCCUUUCUGAAACGAGGUCAUGAUAAGACAUUUGAAGCCGAGACAUCUUAUCCUGAGUGUGAAAGACUCUCGUCCUAGCAUCUCCUCGUCAUAUCUGCAGAAACUGAAAUACUGGCAGGAAUACCAAAAUGUGGUUCGCAAAACAUUCUCGAUUACAGAGCAUUGGCUAACAUACCAUUUGUUCCUCUGGACAAGUGGUCUUGAGCCCUCUAGUAUCCGUUUCCAUUAAGAAUGCCAC